AUGUUGUGCCGAAUGAUGACCUUCUCACUCUGCCUGGCCAUGCUGCCGCUGGCAAAAUGCCAGUUCACCAGCCCGCCGGCGGCGGCGGUCCUCGUCACCGGCGACAAGGUGGAUGUCGAGUACACGACCGAUCUGAAGAAGUACACGAUAGCGCUGUGGCAGCGGCCCGACGACGGCGGCCGUCCGAAACUCGGGUCCAUCGUUUACGCCACGACCGAGGGCCCCUCGUCCGGCUUCACGUGGACUGUGAAAGCGCACAACCUCGACCUCGGGGCCUCGCACACCUUCUUCCUGUGGCUGUUUGAAGGCAACGCCUCGCAGCAGGGAACCAGCCUGCACCAGAUAUCCUCGAGCUACUUUAACAUUACUGACAAGAGGGCCACCCCUCCGCCGUCGUCGACUUCCGCGGCAGCAGUGGAGGAGGGGGAGGAGGAGGAGGAGGGGGAGUCGACACCGUCGCCGUCGCCGUUGCCAUCGCCGUCGCAGUCGUCGGGCCCGGCCGGCCCCGACGGCACCCUCUCCGUGGGCGCGAGGGCAGGGAUCGGCGCCGCAGCCAGCGUCUUCUGCCUGCUGGUCGUGACCCUGCUGGUCGCGCUUUGCCGGCGUGCCCGCAGGGCAAGGCGGCGUCGCGGCCCGGACGACGACGCGGGCGCGGGCGCGGGCACGGGCACCGACUACGCCAACAGCAUUGCCGAGCUGCAGUCGGAGUGUGUUUCGCCUCGGCCCGUCCUCAAGGUGCCUCCUGUGUACCGGCCGGUUCCGGGGGACGACGAGAGGCGCCCCUCGGUGGCGGAAUUGCCGGGGUAG